CCGGGUCGGCGCUCGGCUCUUCUGUGCAGUAGAACCUGCUCUUUGGUCCUACCUGUUCCUCGGUCCAGCAGUGCCCUCACCAUCUUCUCUCCCUGGUCUGCAGUCUCUGGUCAUCUCCUGUAUUAUGUCUGCAGUCUCUGGUCAUCUCCUGUAGUAUGUCCGCAGUCUCUGGUCAUCUCCUGUAGUAUGUCCGCAGUCUCUGGUCAUCUCCUGUACUAUGUCCACAGUCUCUGGUCAUCUCCUGUACUAUGUCCGCAGUCUCUGGUCAUCUCCUGUAGUAUGUCCUCAGUCUCUGGUCAUCUCAUGUACUAUGUCCGCAGUCUCUGGUCAUCUCCUGUACUAUGUCUGCAGUCUCUGGUCCUCUCCCUCUACUAUGUCCGCAGUCUCUGGUCAUCUCCUGUACUGUGUCCGCAGUCUCUGGUCAUCUCCUGUACUGGGUCCAUAGUCUCUGGUCAUUUCCUGUACUAUGUCUGCAGUCCAUUGGUU